AUGCGGAUUCUUCUGCUUCUUAUGCUGUUUGGCACGGUGACGGCGACCAGUCUACUCAGCAAAACGAUUCAUUCCGAUGGCAGCAAAGGUUAGUUUUUUCCUUUCAUUUGACUCAAAUUAUUUUGAAAAUACGUUCCUUCCGAAAAAAUGUUCGAUUCGAGAAUUUUUCUGUGGAACUUUUUCACCUUCCCUUUUUUUGAACAAUUCAAAAUUCAAUUUUUCUUCGGUAUUAUGACUGUCUGUUUCUGGAAAACGUACUAAAAUGUUCAUGAGACAUAGCAAAAAGUGGAAUAAAUGGAAACAAAGAGCCUUACUCAUGUACUAUAAACUUUCGAAAUUUGAGAAAACAUCUUUCAAUAAAUUAGCCUCAAAGAAGAGGCAUAUUAGAGCUUCUUGUUCUUUUUUUGUAAAUGAAAAAAAUCAGUUGAAUCAGUCUGAAUAAAUAUACUGUGAACUGAAAAGUAUUUGAACUGAAAUCAUUUUUUUUCAGAAUUCAAAAUCGUGAAACACAUCAAGAAGAACACAUGCACGUGCACCUGCCAGUGCGUGCCAGAAGCUCGUCAAAAUCCCUUCGAAGGCAGUUCAACGACCGCAAACGUUGAUCAUGCUCACGCCGUCGAUGAGACCCCAGCAGAAGAUCAGAAUCCAUCUGGUUCGAGCAUCCUGGAAGAAAUCGAAUCACAUGCCACGGAUAUCGCCUCCACUAUUUUGACAACAACCAGCGAGAAAGUGCAAGCCACGACGCCAAUUUCGGAAACAACUCAAAAAACUCCCGAUUCGGACUUUUUAAUUGAUGCCGCGGUGGUCGAGAAAAAUGUCGAAGCGACGACUGCAAAGAUUCCCGCGACGGUGAAGGUCAUCACACUCGAGGCAAACACGCAAUCAGUUGCGAAACAAAACUUCAGCACGACCGAAUCUUCUACCACAAAAGCCGCAGAAACUCAAGGAACUAUUCAGGCUUCCGAAGUUAGCGAGACGACGGAAGAAAAGAAUGUCGAAACAACUACAAGUGAAGCAAAAGAAACACCGGUUUCAACGGAAGCAACUACCGCCGAAGACAAGGAAGUUCCUCAAACAACGGCCACGGCAAAAAUUGUAUCGGAGACCAUUCUCAGCACGACCGAAUCUUCCACAUCCAAAGCCGCAGUAGCUAUCACUCAAGAAAUUAUUCAAACCUCAGAAGUUGGCGAGACAACAGAUGAAAAGAACGUCCAAACAACCAAAAGUGAAGCGAAAGAAACACCAGUUUCAACGGAAGCAACUACCGCCGAAGACAAGGAAGUUCCUCAAACAACUGGCACGACAAAGGUCGUAGCGGAGACCGUUCUCAGCACGACCGAACCUUCCACAACAAAAGCCGUAGAAGCUACGACUCAUGGGAUCACUGAAACUUCCAAAAUUAUUGAGACAACGGAUGAAAAAAAUGUCCAAACAACCACAAGUGAAGCAAAUGAAUCAACGGAAGCAACUACCGCCAAAGACAAGGAAGUUCCUCAAACAACUGGCACGACAGAAAUCGUAGCGGAGACCGUUCUCAGCACGACCGAACCUUCCACAACGAAAGCCGCAAAAGCUACCACUCAAGGAAUUAUUCAAACCUCAGAAGUUAUCGAGACAACCUUGAAAAACGUUGAAGAAACAACGGAAAUCACAAAAGUGACGCCUAUCGAAGACAAGACGGUAGCUCCUUCAACCACUAGCACGUCAAAAAUUGAAACAGAAGCCGCUUCCAGCACAACAGAAUCUUCCACGUCAACCUCUACGAAAGUUACCACAGAAGAAAUUAUUCAAACUUCUGAAACCACCCCAGAAACGUCAUCUCUUUCAACAGCAAAUGAAAUAAAAGAAACGCCGGUUUCAACGGAAGACGCUACUUCAGCUCUUCAAGCAAUCAGUACAACAAUACUCAACAGCAUCGAUGAAAAACCUACAGAAAAGCCUUCUGAAACCGUUCAACCGCUCCCAAGCAUCACAGAAUCUCCAUCUGUGGAGAAGGUGUCUCAAAGCUCUGGAACUUCUGAAAAUACAACCCAGACCUCUAUUUCAACUAACGAAGAAGUCAUCAUCGAAACAACUACUAUUGCUUCUGAAGAAGUAUCACAGAAUCAUUCUGACAGUUCUUCAGAAACAUCUAUUGCAACCGAAAGCUUGCAGACCACUACGGAACCGCUGACUACCACAAAACCGUUCGAAUCAACCUCUUCAAAAGCUACCACCACUACGACAACUCCAGAAGUUACUACUGCCUCGGAGGUUUCUGAGAAAACACAGUCUUCAACUUCGUCUUCCACAGUUAUCGUCGAAAAGAAUGAAGACGUCACUGAAACAGUAGAAAAAACUUCCCCGAAAGCGAUUGAAAACACAACAACUCAAGUAAUAACCGCAGAGGCACCAACGAACUCAGAAUCUACCACUGAGGAAACCAAGAAUCCGGAGACAUUUACACAAGAAACAAAAACUUCGGUAACAAGUAACUUGAAAAUCGAAUCAAAAACGGAAGCUGCAGAAUCAAACAUUUCUGAAACGCCUCCUACUAAAAGCGCGGAAUCAGAAGCAACCGCUACCGAAAUCCCUGAAGUUACUACGUCAAAACUGACAACGACCACAACUUUUGAGCCAGAAAGUUCUAAGCUCACCACGCCGGAGCUAACAGCUACACCAGAAUCAACGACCAAAAAAGCAUUGAAGUCAGAAACAGAACUUCCUCCAUUGGAAGUCAGCACAUCGGAGCCGUCAACUUCUGGGCCGAAGACAACAGAGUUAACAACAUCAGAAGCUAAAACGUCAACAACUACGCCAGAAGCCGUUGAACCAAAAGCUACUACUCUAGAAAGUACAACAACUAAGUUGACGACAUUGGAGCCGAAGACUACAGAAGCUUCGUCGGAAUCGACUAUCGCAGAAAACGUAGAUUCAUCGCCUACCAAAUCAGAUGCUGCAACCACAGAGUUGACGUCCACGAAGCCUUCCACGACACAGUCAACCCCUGAACCUACACAAUUUACAACGACUGAACUUCCAAGCAGUACAUCUCAAGAUCAGAGUUCAUCUUCUUCUACGUCAGAAAGCUUGUCAACUGUGGCGUUUGAGAAGUUCAGUACUGAAAGAUCGACCACCGAAAAGGCUGCAUCCACUGAACCGACGACAUCUGCAACAGGUAUUUAUUGACCUAGACGACUAGUAAUAACGAAAGUUUGUGAUCCAUAAGAAAUUUUUUUGAUUAUCUUUCACCUAAACAAUCUUAUCCUUCGGAAAAAAUUUCCAUUUAUCAAUUUAUCAAAUCGAAUAAGUUUUCUGGAAAACGAGAGGCUCAUCAAACUGCAAAAACUAACUAUUACGCGUUCUCGAAAUUUUGUAAAAAUUUGAGAGAAAGUUUUUUGAAAAACUAAAUUAUGAUGAGAAAAAAAGCUCUUCGAAAUAUCCUAAAAAAGUUUCAUCUUUCCAGAGUCGUCAAAGGCCGAUGAAGAAACGCCAGCAUCGAAAGCCACCGUCGCUUCCAGUGAAUCUCACGACGUCGAAACAACUACGAAUUCUAACACUCUGACUACAAAACCUCUACCUCAACGGUUGGUUUGUGAUGUAUCCAUCCCAAGCUAAUUAUUCAACUUACAGGUGGCAAGACGUCAUAAGUAAACUGAAAAGGAAGUUGGAACUUCUCAAAGAGCAAAAGAGACGAAUGAGAGAGAACUCGACGACCAUUGUAGAUCUCACAUCCACGACGGUUCCUGCUGGUUUUGUCAUCUGGGCGGAAUCGCCGGAAGGCGAGGAAUCGACUCAUGUCCCAGAAACUUCUACAGAACUAUUCACAUCUACUUCGAUCGAAGCAAGAACGGAAGAACCUGCCACGGAGGCAGUUAGUUCGACUGAAACUGAGAAGGAAAGUACUACCGAAAAGACGACGAUAGCAAGUUCCACGGACUCGAAUACUGAAGCUUCAACUUCGACAUCGCUUGGAACUGAAGCAACAACUCCAGUUCAACCAGAAUCAUCUACAUUGGCUUCUGAAGCGACCUUCGACUCAACUACUUUCGAAACAACGGAAAUUUCUUCAACUAUCCCCGAAGAAACAGAAACCUUGAAAGGCAAUGAUCUCAACUCUCGACGGGACUUCGUCUACAAAAAGAAUGGUACUACUCAUGGACCGAAGAAAACAACGACGACUACUGAAUCCACGGAAACAACGGUUCCAACAUCUCCUUCCACAGAAUCUUCAGGUUUAUUAUUUUUUUUCGAAGAUUUGAGCCCCACAAAUUUUUUAGAGACGACAGGCGCAAACUUCAUUGUAACAAGCAGCACCCUCUCAACAGCUGAGAUUUUGAGCAAGAUCAACCAGACCGGAAACGGGGUCAAAAAGUUUGAGACCGACGUUUUCUCUCACUCAAAAUGAUCUUUUGCAGAACAACUGAUGUUUCUAAGCCAGAUGCUCUGACAUCUUUGAUCACUGGUCUUAUCGGAAGCGCGAAAAAUGCGCUUGAGAAAUCUUUGAAUCCACCUUCAACGUAAUUGAUCCUUUUUUUAUUCAGGGAAAAAAAAUUUAUUAAGAAUCGACACGACAUUCGUUACGAUGCCUGUCCAAUCAGUGCCGACCACUGUCGACUUUAUAACUACAGAAGCUCCAACUACAACUGUAGCACCACAGGAAGAAGUUCGACGUAUGCCUGCUGCAGAUAUGAGUACUGAGGACGAGUUCGAAAAACGAAUUCGAGAGCAGAGAAUCCAAAUGGAGAAGGUAUCAAGACAAAAUCACUUUCUCUGGCUACAGAUUAAUUCCAGGAAAAACAUGAGAAAGAAGAAGAACUCAGACUGGCCGCUUUGAAAGAAGCUGAGCUUGAAGAGAAAGCUCGAGCUGAAAUUUUAGCUCGCAAAGAAAAAGUUCGAUUAAGUUUGUUAUGGAAUCAAGUCAAGGAUUAUUUCAGAUGUUGAGACAGCUUGAAGAGCUCAGAGAGGCAGAAGAACGGCAAAGAGUACUUCUGGAACAAGAACGUCUUCUUGAGCAGGUUCCUCCAAAUCGUUUUAGCUUUUCUUUUGUAUCAAUGGAAAUUUCCAGGAGAGAUUGAAGCUACUCGAACAAAAGCAGCAAGAACUUUCCUUCGCCUCUGUUAGGACAACUGCCGAGCCUACAGAAGACGCUGAAGAAGUCACCGUCAGUUCGGAGACGACGUCUUCAGUCCGCUACAGAUUGAGACCGGCUCAGGUUUUGAGUAUUCCAAGACUUAAUUCUAGUUUAGCUUUCAGUGCGCCGCUAUCAACAAGUUCACGAGAGUCUUCAAAAUCACAGAUCCUUCUGAUUGGAUUCAGAGGAACUGUGCCUUUGCCAAAAAGUGAGUUUUGGGUUUUGGGAUUCAGUAAGUCUUCUGCGCAAAAUCAUGAAGGGAAAAAUUAUUUCAAACUGUGUUUUCAUACUUUAGCUACCAUUUCUUCCACAUAAUUAUCAAAGUUCAAAAUUUCGAUAACAAUUUUUCGGUUGAGUAUCAAAAAAUAUUUCAUUUUUUCUUGAAAAUCUUGAUUUUUUUAGUUACAUCAGGUUAAAAAAAUUCUCGUGAACAACCGAAUAGUUUCAUAGUUGGGUACAUAUUAAGAUUUAUGAGUGAAUCUUCCAGAUACUUCCCGGAAGCGUCGUGUCCGCAAAUUCAAGCCCUCAUCGAGUCUUGUUUUGCAUUCUUGUAA